AUGUGUAUGCCCAAUCCCAAGCAGUGUCCUAUUCCAAGUCGGUGUCCUAUUCCAAGUCAGUGGCCAAUGCCCUCCUAUGUCCUAUUCCAAGUGUGUCCUCUCCCAAUCAAUCCCUAUUCCAAGUCAUUCAAGUGUCCUAUUCCAGCAGUGUCCUCUCCCAAUCAAUGCCCUAUUCCAAGUCGGUGUCCUAUUCCAGUGUCGUUCCUAUUCCAAGUCGGUAAGCGGUGUCCUAUUCCAAGUCAGUGUCCUAUUCCCAAGCCAGUGGCUAUUCCAAGUCGGUGUCCUAUUCCAAGUCAGUGUCCUAUCCCAAGCCAGUGUCCUAUCCCAAGCCAGUGUCCUAUUCCAAGUCGGUGUCCUAUUCCAAGCCAGUGUCCUAUCCCAAGCCAGUGUCCAGUGUCCUAUUCCAAGCAGUGUUCCUAUUCCAAGCGUGUCCUAUUCCAAGUGUCCUAUCCCAAGCCAGUGUCCUAUUCCCAGGUGUCCUAUCCAAGUCAGUGUCCUAUCCAAGCCAGUGUCCAUCCCAAGCCAGUGUCCUAUUCCAAGUCGGUGUCCUAUUCCAAGCCAGUGUCCUAUCCCAAGCCAGUGUCCUAUCCCAAGCCAGUGUCCUAUCCAAUGUCCUAUUCCAAGCGGUUGUCCAUUCCAAGCCAGUGUCCUAUCCCAAGCCAGUGUCCUAUCCAAGCCAGUGUCCGUGUCCUAUCCAAGCCAGUGUCCUAUCCCAAGCCAGUGUCCUAUCCCAAGCCAGUGUCCUAUUCCAAGUCGGUGUCCUAUUCCAAGUCAGUGUCCUAUCCCAAGCCAGUGUCCUAUCCCAAGCCAGUGUCCUAUCCAAAGUGUUCCAAGUCGGUGUCCUAUUCCAAGCCAGUGUCCUAUCCCAAGCCAGUGUCCUAUCCCAAGCCAGUGUCCUAUUCCAAGCCAGUGUCCUAUCCCAAGUGUCCUAUUCCAAGUCGGUGUCCUAUUCCAAUGUCCUAUCCCAAGCCAGUGUCCUAUCCCAAGCCAGUGUCCUAUUCCAAGCCAGUGUCCUAUUCCAAGCCAGUGUCCUUAUUCCAAGUGUCCUAUCCCAAGCCAGUGUCCUAUCCCAAGCCAGUGUCCUAUUCCAAGCCAGUGUCCUAUUCCAAGCCAGUGUCCUAUUCCAAGUCAGUGUCCUAUUCCAAGCCAGUGUCCUAUCCCAAGCCAGUGUCCUAUUCCAAGCCAGUGUCCUAUUCCAAGCCAGUGUCCUAUUCCAAGCCAGUGUCCUAUUCCAAGUCAGUGUCCUACGCAGUGUCCUAUCCCAAGCCCAGUGUCCUAAGCCAGUGUCCUAUUCCAAGCCAGUGUCCUAUUCCAAGCCAGUGUCCUAUUCCAAGUCAGUGUCCUAUCCCAAGCCAGUGUUUCUAUUCCCAGCCAGUGUCCAGUCCCAAGCCAGUGUCCUAUUCCAAGCCAGUGUCCUUUUCUAUGUUCAUAAUGUAG